GUGCCUCUUCUGAUGCAAAGACUAUUCAGUUAAGCAAAGCAGAGCGGGUCAUCACUCUGGUCUGUGUGUCAGAGGCAAUCCAGAUAUUAAUGACAUUAAUUUCUCAGACUGUUCUUAACGGUUGUGAAUCCAGUCUGUUCUAGUAGAGAAUGCUUAUCAUUUAUCUCAUGCUUGGUUAUCUCCUCUCUGAUACUUAUGCGAAAUGUGAAAACAGCACUUUGUGUAAUGAUGAAGUGUUCAUCAGCAGCGAGCCAUCCAGCCCAAAUGAGGGUGACGACGUCACUCUCACAUGCAAUGAAAAAUGUGGAAAUUCAACUGUGACAUUUGAGUGGAAGAAAAAUAAUGCGGUCGAACAAAAAGAAAAUAAUAAGACCUUUCUUAUCCAAAGUGCCCUUUCAAUUUCUGACACAUACAUCUGCUCAGUAAACUGCUCCCAUUACUGUUGUGAUUCUAAACCAUACAAACUGUCUGUAAAAAACAACACUGUGAUCAUCUUGGUGGUCUGUGGUGUUGCAGCUUUGGCCCUUGUUUUGAUUAUGGGACUGAUUAUGAAGUGUAAACUGAAAAGAGACAGUGAUAAACACAGGGAGAGGGUGAGACAGAGACAGGCUGGACAGGCUGCUGGUGGGCCAUAUCCUGUCACACCCAGAGAGUCCUAAAAAUAAAACAUUCUAUCAUAUUUUAAUAUAAUAAAUUCUGAUCUUAUGCAACAUAAUAUAUAUUUAUCUUUUUGAUAUUUCAGACUUUUGAAUGCUCACAAAUUGAAUAAAUACUCUUUAAUCUCUGUUUUUGAGUGCAUGUGUGCGUGUUUAAUCAGUUAAAGUCACACUUUUCCACAAUGUAGUGUUGCAUUUCUGUUAGUUUGCUCAGUUUUUAAAAAAAAGAACCUAGAAAUGUUUUAAUCCACACACAGGAUUGGCAUCCUCGCACUAAUCCUGCUGAAUGCUCCACUCACAGUGGCGCACACUGCUCAGCUUUACAGUGGCUUGCAUGUAAUGGAUAUAUGGGAGUGUAAUGCUGUCUACUCCUAUCCAUGAGAGGGAUGAAUGUGGGAUUUGAAGAUUGACUUAUGAACAUAGUAAUAGCGUUAGGUGCCUCGAUUCAAUGUCAGGAUGCAAUGAUUUGAAGUUUAAGUGUUAAGCUCGGUCUUCAUGCUGCCAGAGUGCCUGGCAUUAGCAGUGUUUUGGGGGGGUUCCCCUCCCGGCCAUAUGGCAAAAACUUAUUUAUCCGCAUGUAUGAGUGGGUCAGGAAGGACUGUUUAUUCAGUUUCCUUCUAUAACAGGUGGCUAAGGGAUAAUCCAGGUAAAGCCACUGCAAAGUGGAGACGGAGGGA